AUGAGGAUCCCAAGCUUCCGACAUAAAGACAAGCACGAUGCUGUCACCGAGAAGCCUUCCCCUCCUACUGCCGCAUCACCGCCACCAUCCUCAGCCGACGCCGUCGCCAGUGUCGACCCUGACGGGCAUGAUUCGAUUUCGCUGCGCAUCCACAAUCGCACCACCACCGAAUUCCUUACGCACUCGGUCUUCGGCGCUCUGCACACGGGCAACGGCGUAACCCAACGAGCGGCGUCUUCGAGCCUGCCCACCUCUCCGCUCCUCAACGCCGAUGGCGGUUCUGGUGGAGCGAGUGCGGCGGGAGGCGUGUUCGGCGUGCGAAACACCCCUGUGCGGGUGGCCCCGGGGUCGCAGGUGGAUGUGCCUGCUGUGCGCAUCCAGGCGUUCACGGCUGCUGCGACGGGCGGGUACACGGUGGCGCUCACGCUUAAUCCACGCUUGAAAACGGCUGGCGUGAGAGGGUACAGUGCGGCUGUGUCUGCUCCUGCACCGGCGGUGGUGCAAACAGCAAGUGCCCAAGCCGCACGUCGUCUGUGGAAGCCUCUACCGCUGACUGCUUCCGCAGCUGCUCCGACCUCGGCCAAGUCGCCCAUUCUCGGAGUGGCCACACCGUCGCCUGAACCCGCCUCGACGAGCGCUGGCGGCGGCAUCAUCGCCCUGCAAUCCACCGACACGACGACCAACACACUGCACAUCCUGCUCCUGCCCACGCGCGACCUCAACACGUGGAUGACAAGCCUCCCGUCCACAGACCCGCUCUCGUCCUUGUGCAUCCCAGGCACACACGAAUCAUGUGCGCUCUACGGCUGGCCCAUCUCGGCGUGCCAGGAAAGCACCUCGUCGAUCGCGGUGCAGCUCAGCCGCGGGAUCCGCUUCCUCGACGUCCGGCUCGCGCUCAAGGGCACGCCGGGCAACCAGCUGCUCUACGCCUACCACGGCGUGACGGACCAGAAGAUCGAGUUCUCGGCCAUCGUCUCGCAGGUGUAUGCGUUCCUGACGGCCAACCCGGGCGAGACGGUGCUCAUGUCGAUCAAGCAGGAGAACAAUAUGGCUGGAUUUUUGGAUGCCGUGAUGGGCUAUGUGGAUCGCGACAAGGAGCGGUGGUGGCUGGGAACGGGCAUGCCCAAGCUGGGUGACGUGAGGGGCAAGAUCGUGCUGAUCUCCCGGUUCGGAAGCUCCGACUCGCAGCCGGGUGGGAUCCAUCCGCCCAUCUGGCCGGACUCGUCUGCGACGGCGUUCAACUACACGCUCCCGGACGGCACAGCAGUGUGGACGCAGGACUGGUACAACAUCUCGUCGCUCUCUGCCAUCCCGCAGAAGCUGGCACUUGUCACGGCGCUGCUGACCCAGUGCGGCAAUGACCCGGCGACGCUAGGGCUCAACUUUACCAAUGGCUCGUCGUUCCCCUUUGCCCUCCCGCCGUGGGUCGCCAAGGGCACGGGUGACCAGAGCAAAGCCGCAGCCGGCGGCGGAUGGUUGCAGAACAUCGGCGUCAAUGCGCUGUUGGUCGAUCUGGUCGCCACCAGGUUGAAGGGUGGCGCGGGAGUCCAGCAGAGAGCCGGGUUGAUGAAUGUCAUUGCUAUGGACUUUUUCGACCAGAACAACUUGGGCGCAGACCUGACGAGCCUGAUGGUGCAGGCAAACUUUCAGUAA